CAAAUUAAUUAAGAUAGAGCAACAUGAAUUGUUCACUUGGCUUUCCAAGUUUUGUAGAGAGAAAUAAGGCUUAUAUUGGAAUUAUCCUUUCACAAUGUAUGUAUGCAGGCAUGGCCUUGUUCCCCAAGGCUGCAAUUGAUAAAGGAAUGAAUUCUUAUGUGUUUGUUGUUUACCGGCAAGUUAUAGCCACGAUUGUGUUAGCGCCAUUCGCUUUUUUCCUUGAAAGUAACAACUCAGCCCCUCUAUCAUACAACUUACUCUCUCAAAUUUUCUUUGCUGCUUUAGUUGGAUUCACCCUCUCUUUUAAUCUCUUUGCUCUCGCUUUAAGAUACACCACUGCAACAUACGCUUCUGCCAGCAGAAACACAGUUCCAGCCAUUACAUUUAUCUUGGCUGUUUUCUUAAGGAUGGAAAUCGUUUCUGUAAGGCAAUGCCAUGGAAGAGCCAAAGUGUUGGGUACUAUGAUGGUUCUUUCUGGGGCUAUAGUGUUAAUACUUUAUAAGGGACCACCUCUUUAUUCAGGCACCCAAAAGGGAGCUCCAAUCGCAUCAAUAAACCAUAUUUCCAGAGCAGAUUGGAUAAAAGGUGCUCUAAUCAUGCUCUCAAACAACAUCAUGUCGUCUAUGUCGCUUAUUAUGCAGGUUUAUCUCUUCUCCCUCUUUCAUAUUUCUAUAUAUAUAUGCGUUUGGACACAUUUGAAAACAAACAUAUCAUCUUGGAAGCUUGGAUGGGAUGUGAAUCUUAUCUCCGUGGUUUAUUGUGGGAUAAUUGUCACUGGAGUUGGAUUCUGGUUGCGAGUUUGGAUCAUAGGCAAGCAAGGCCCUGUUUUUGUUGCUAUGUUCACUCCAUUAGCAUUUAUCAUAAUAGCCAUCUUUUCAGCAUUCUUGUGGAAUGAGAUCCUUCAUUGGGGAAGUGUUGGUGGGAUUAUAUUGCUAAUUGGAGGCCUCUACAUCGUUUUGUGGGGAAAGAACAAAGAAGGGAAAAAUAAAACAAAUGAACAAAGAUCAAUUGUCAAAGAGGAAACCACACUAGAGAGCAUUACUCGUCAAUGA